CAACAGAUCCAUUAUCUGUGGUUUACUGUUAUCAGAUACUGCUCCUCUUAUCAUAUCAACAGCCUCUCUCGUGUCUUGAAUACGGCACAGUUGAUACAGGAAACUGAAAUGAAUUUGUAUAUAACCUACGAAGUGUGCGCUGAUUUACGUUAGUCUGUCUGUUAUAUUUACAAAUCAAUAAUAACCACAUAUUGUAGUGGUAACUAAAGAGAGGAGAUGAAAAUAUUUCCGAUAUAGAAAUACUUACUUUAGUAUUUGUGGUGCGUAAUGAUAAGUGACUUUAGUAUACAGAACAACAUCAAAAUAAAACUGUAGAGUAUUUCGGAAUUACAUGACUUGGCACCUCAGACAAGUCCAUGAAAACCAUACGUCUUUUUCAGUGCACUUCGUUACUAGAUCUCGCGUGGGAAACAUCACAAAGUGUAAACAACAAUUAGAUAGAAGGAUUUUAAAGAGCAAACAUGUGGAAGCACAUCUCUUGCAUCGGUUUCGUGAUUCUGAACUUCCAGGCUUUUCGAGCUGAUGGCCAAAUGUGCCCCGUGGCUGACGACAUUGCCCCUUGUCACUGCCUGAAGGACGCCGUGACGAAGAAGCUCGACCUGGACUGUUCGAACGUCCUGGACAGCUGGCAGCUUGAACGCAUCUUCCAGGCCAGGUUCCCUUCCCCCGCCUUCAGGGAGUUCACCAUGGCGGGCACCGAAGGCCACAGAGUCCCCAUCGUGUACCUGGCAGACGGCGUUUUCGGCAACCUCUCCUUCGCCUCUGUGGUCAUAAAGUACACGAACAUAUCCCACGUGGGUGAGAAGGUGUUCGAAAAAUCCUACGACACGCUGGAAAGUCUCACCUUGAGUUACAGCGACCUGCAGGUGUACCCGGCGACGAACCUGCGCUAUUUCUCGACGCUGUCCCUCCUCGACCUGUCCUACAACAAGAUGGUGUUCCUCCAGGAUAUCUACUCGCUCAGUCUGCAGAUCCUGAACGUCGAACACAACGAACACCUCGCCUUUUCCGACAAGCUCCUUACGGUCGUGCCAAGUCUCCUGGAAAUGUCCCUGGCAUCCUGUGGCAUCGAGAGCAUUCCGCCGGGACUCUUCUCGUCCGCUGAAGUCUUGUCCAAUGUCAACAUGGGAGGCAAUAAACUGACGCACUUGGAAGGGAAUGCUCUCGCUUUCUCGUCAAACGCCGUUUUAGAAAUCAUUCUUUCGGACAACGAAAUCUCCCGCGCUGAUAAGGACUUUAUAUCAGGAACGUCGGCUUCAGCGAACUUGGUGUUGAUGAAUAACCGACUGGAAGAAUUAUCCGAGGCUGUGUGGCGGCCAAUCCUUCAGUAUCUCGAUGACGAAAAAGGGUCUGGUUUUGUUACUCUGGAUGGGAACCCCUUUUUCUGCGGGUGCAAGCUCGCCUGGUUGGUGACCUCUCCUGGCCUGUUGAAUUACGUUGCAAGAGGCGCGGCCUGCGAGGACGGCUCUCUGAUCCACGACUUGAAUCCUGAAUACUUUCUUGACCACUGUUACUAGGUGUAUACUUCUUU